UGUACUCUGCUACAGAACAGAUUCGUGUCGCGCGGGCCUUUAAUCGAUAGCUUUGCAACAAUCUUUCCAAAAGAUGGUAGCUCACGGAAUUAAAACAAUAAAACGAAGAACAAGAACAAUUGCCUCUAUCCAAACUCGGAUAUACUAAAAUUCAAGUAACUUCCUCAUAGUUUGAAAGGUGUAGCCUAUUUCUUUUUUUCACUACUAUUGCUCUCGAAGGUUUACAAGAGCAAGCUCGCGCCAGUCGGAUGAAUUCGCCAAACCAGGACGAAGAUGAUGUGCCCGUUAAAGACCCGGUAAAAUACGGAGAGUUGGUCAUAUUGGGGUACAAUGGUUCUCUGCCCAGUGGGGACAGGGGGAGGAGGAAGAGCCGCUUCGCUCUGUACCGGAGGACCAAGGCCAACGGAGUCAAACCCAGCACUGUUCACAUCCUCAACACACCACACGACAGCAAGGCAGUCCACAGCAGAGGGCAGCACAGCAUCUCCUUCACUCUGUCCCGCAACCAGACAGUGGUGGUGGAGUACUGCCACGACAACGACACUGACAUGUUCCAGAUUGGGCGCUCCACAGAAAGUCCAAUAGACUUUGUUGUGACGGACACUUCAGGAGAGGGGAAGGAGGGUGAGGACCCCUCGGUGGCCCCCAGCACCAUCUCCCGCUUCGCCUGCAGGGUGGUGUGUGAACGCAAUCCCCCCUACACCGCACGCAUCUAUGCCGCUGGCUUCGACUCCUCCAAAAACAUCUUCCUAGGGGAGAAAGCCACUAAGUGGAAGAACCCGGAUGGCCACAUGGAUGGUUUGACCACCAACGGGGUGCUGGUGAUGCACCCUGAGGGCUUCCCUGAGGACAGCAGACAGGGUCUAUGGAGGGAGAUCUCUGUAUGUGGGGACGUCUACGCCCUCCGAGAGACACGCUCCGGACCCAGCCGAGGAAAACUGGCGGAGGGAGAAAGCAGUGCCCUUCGUGAUGGUUCUCUGGUGGACCUGUGUGGAGCCACUCUGCUGUGGCGUACUGGAGAGGGCCUGCUCCGCGCUCCCACCCUCCGCCACCUGGAGGCACUGCGACAGGAGCUCAACGCUGCCCGGCCACAGUGUCCUGUAGGCCUCAGUACCCUGGCCUUCCCCAGCUUGCCACGCAGCCAUAGUCUGGAGGCGCGCCAGCCCUGGGUCUACCUCACCUGUGGACAUGUGCAUGGCCACCAUGACUGGGGCCAGCGUCCGGAGCGCCGGGAGGAGGGAGGAGAAGAGGGGGAGGAAGGGAUCACAACAGUCCGCCGGGAGUGCCCUCUAUGCAGGAGCGUGGGGCCCUACGUGCCCCUGUGGCUGGGGUGUGAGCCCGCCGUGUACGUGGAUGCUGGAGCUCCCACAUAUGCGUUUGUACCCUGCGGCCACGUUUGUUCGGAGAGGACAGCCAAGUAUUGGGCGGAUACCCCACUGCCUCAUGGGACACACGCCUUCCGGCCCACCUGUCCCUUCUGCUCUGCUCCUCUCAGCAGCACCCCACAGGGCUGGACACGCCUCAUCUUCCAGGGCCCUAUCGACUAGCUCGGGCCCCCGGGAAUGGAGACCACAACUACUACGCAAGCGUGGAACCAACCAUGUCACUAAGCCAAGGGCCCAAUCCUAACUUGAGAUAAUAGUGCGGAACUAACGUGAAUAUUUCUUCCAUUUACACUGCAUCCUUGAUGUAUGAUUUUAGACAAGUGCGUGUCACUUAAACAUCUUUGAAAAUCAUGCGUUGAUGUCAGUUUUGGAUCUGUGUGGAAGUUUAAGUUAGACUCAUGUUUCUCUCAAGGUAAGAUUUUGUCCAUAACAGAACCUCACUUCAAAAGCAAUAAGAACUCCACUAUAGCAAAGCAUUACACUCAUAGAUAAGCUAGUUGUUCUGUUAGUCAUCCAUGUUUCCAGUUGUCUCUUCAGACAUGGCUGAAUGUUGUCUGCAGCUCAAGGGCUAAACCUGGGGUAUGUUGAAGUCACUGGAUGUUCAUAUUUAAUGGUUUCCUGAAAAUAAUGGUUAAUGGUUUCCCUCUCAGCCUAAUUUUGAACCAACAAUGUAAUGAUGCUUCCAAAGUUUUUCAUUGAAUAUUCCAUUUGACAAAAUUUGAAUUUUUCUGAAAACAAAACAUUGUAAUAUUGCGAAGCGGUUCGCAAUUACCAAUAACUUACUCUAUAGUAGCAAAGAUAAGUGAUGUUUGUGAACAUUCUGCAGUUUGACCACACCUCAGGUUGGGAACCAGUCAGACAGACAAGGUCUUUGCCAUGUGACAAUAUAGCAGAAAGAUCAAAGGCUGUGACCGAAGGUAACCUCAUAAGACAACAGUUUUUCAAUUCAAAUGUAACUAUUUUAUUAAAAUUGGGGAUGUUUGGGAUGUUUGGGAUGGGUUAGGAUUUUAUUUAGAUGUUAAGAUACAACUAUUUUUUUAUCUUGAGUAUUGUUUUUAGUUAAAUGUGAUUUGUAAAUGUAAGCGUUUUCUAUAUGUGUAUGAUUAUUAUUAUAAUUAUGUGUGUUCGAUGAAACUGGGAGAGCUUGUGAGUGUGAGAAAAUUGCCAACACUGUGUCACACAACCAUAAAAAAUUGCCCAGACAAUGAAUGUAGCCAAAUACUCAGGCUAUACUAGCUUAGCCUUCCAAUGUGCUCGUAUUGAAUUGUUCUAUAUUAUGCUACUAUUUUUUUAUCUAAACAUCGUGAUAUAGCUGGAACAUUUCAAAUUGCUUCAAGAAGAUGAACCCGUUAAAUAACAUACCUACACUACUUCUCGUUUAUCUUGCAUGAACACACACACACACACACACACACACACAUCUUGCACUGUGGAUUGCCAAACCUUGCAUUUAUGCUAAAUUGUACACAGUGUUACAUGUUAAUUAUACACGGUACUAAAUGCCUCAACUGAAUAGAAAUGCUGGCGAAGUGAGCAGUCCAACAGAAAUCUAUAAUUUAAACAUGUUCUUUCCCAUAUAAGAAAUGUACACGCCUACUCAGCUGCUAUUCAGGGACAGAGAACAUGCAGCAGAACCGACAUGAUGUAGUUAUCUAGAAUAGAGAUAAUCGUGUCAGCUCUAUAUUACCUUUCUAUGAUGUAUUAAAUUUUUCAGGUUUACAGCCGUCAGUCCUCCGCACACUACCAUGCUGUAUUUGACAUGCACUAUAUAUACAAAAGUAUGUGGAAACACCUUGAAAUUAGUGGAUUUGGGGGCCGCUGAAGUGCGUAAAAAUCAACUGUCCUCGGUUGCAACACUCACUACCGAUUGCCAAACUGCCUCUG